CGGCGGUGCUGUUCAGAGAUUCAGAUUUAAGUACCUGUGAUUUUAGAAAUAAACAAAUGAAACAAAUAGUUUUCUUUGAUGUUUUUGUUUUAUUCAAGAAGCCUUUAUUUUGUAGCAAAUGUGAAUUUUUUGUUUAUGAUGGUGAAAUAUUGUGUUGUGGUGGAUUGCAUCAACAGUAAAGAAAAGAAGAAAAAAAGAAAUAAGUUGAAACUACAGAAAAAUUCUCUGUUUACCGUACCCAAAAAUAAUCAAAUUUUAAAGCAAUGGAGUGAAAUAUUGAAGCAAAAUUUGGAUUUCGAUCCAAAUUGUCGUAAAUUUAUAUGUGAUGAACAUUUUGAUGAAAAAUACAUAAUUAGAAAAGAUAUAAUAACAAUACCUGGUGAACAACCUUUUGUAUCUGAAAGACAAAGAAUUGUCUUAAAGCCAGAUGCUAUUCCAACAUUAGAUAAAAAAACUUCAGCAAGUGAAAAUGACAUCGAAAGUACUGUCUGCAAUAUAUGUUAAAGUAUGGCAGUUGCUGCAAGUGAGGAAUUUGUAGUUAAGAAGGAGCCAGUCGAUUUAAUGAGAGAAGAUGACAUUAUUGAGCCCAAUAUUAUUGGAAAAGCGGAGUGCAUAUAUGCAGAAUUAUCAGAAUCAUAUACAGAUUUUUCGAUAAAUGACCUCAUUAAGAAUUUAGAAACGCAUAAAUUACCAAAGAAAUGGGCCUGGGUUGAUGAUCACCUCGAUUCACCCUCAGUGAUAAUGUGUCAUUUGGAUUAUGAAUCAUAUGAUGUCAAAUUUCGUGUAAAAAUCGAUAAGGUUCUAAAUGUAGUUGUAACAAACGUAAAAAUUAGUAAAUCAAUAAAAAGUGACUUUGUUAUUUCUAGUAUGAAUAAAUUAUGGGAAUUUCUACAAAAAUUAGAGAGAUCUCAAAUGUGUAGUGGUAGUGGAUUUGAUUGUCAAAAGUCUUCAGAAACAUGCACAGUUUUUUUGAAAGCUGAUGAAAAGUAUAAAAUACAAGCAGCAAGAUAUAGAUGCAAAGCAUGUAGACGACUGAGAUCAAAAUUAUGCAAUAAAUUAUACCUACCAAAAAUGGAUGUUGAUGAACUUAAUAGAAAAUUAAAACUUGAACUUAAUGCUGUGAAGAAAAAGUGUACUCGCCUCAGUAAUAAGAAUAAAACUCUGAAGCAAAUCAUCGAAGAAGAAAGAAAAAAAUGUGCUGAUGCUUCCGAAACUGUUAUAGAGAAAGAAAUACUUGCUCUACCGCCAAUUCAACAAGAAACUGUCAGAGCAUGCUUUGCUGCAGCUGCAUUAAACAAUUGCAAACAAAGAAGAUACACUAUUGAGUACUUUACUGCUCGAUGAAGUAGCUUUAGGCGAAGCUAUAAAAUGAAAUCAACGAACAAUGCAGCUGCAUGGUUUCAUUGAUUUAGGCUCUUAUACACCAGAAGGAGCUCUCAAUACUAGAGCUGAUCAUGCUCUAGUAUUUAUGUUUCAAUCUUUUCGAGGUGAUUGGGUACAAGUAAUUGCCUGCUUCCUGAGUCCAAAUGUUACUGUUAGUGACAUAUUACACAAAUUAAUAAUUGCAUGUGUAAUGCUAUUGAAAAACGCUGGCUAUAAAGUUGAUGCAGUAACCAGUGAUGGAGCUGAAUGGAAUCGAGGAGCAUGGAAGUUAUUCGGAAUUAAUGAAUAUAGAUUUAGUUGUCAACAUCCACAUGAUCCCAGUAGGCGUUUAUGGUUCCUAUCAGACUUUUCCCAUUUAUUAAAAAAU